AUGGGAUCCAAAAACAGACGUGCUGUCCAAGCCGCCCCCAGCGAAUUCAUCCCCAAACACCCUUCCGAAAUCACCGCCCACCCCAACAUUGUCCUCACAGGCAACAUCCUCACUCUCACAAUCGACUACUGCGGUCCCGGUAACCCCAUCGAAAAAUUCACAUCCAUGGAAACCCUCCUCUCCAUCCUCCCAGACUACGCACCCUAUGUCAAGAUUCUCCAACUCAGCAUCCAUACUGGAAUUCCCCACAUGGAACCCCCCAGCGUCUAUACCUCGCACAUUGCGGAUAUGAAAUCAAUUGUUGGAGAGGUUAAUAAGUUUAAGAAGUUGGAGCAAGUGAGAACUAGGAUGUUGGUGGAUUAUUGCAGUUUCCCGCAGAUGAAGCUUGCGGCUGCGAUGUUUGGUUUGAGACAGGAGGUUCAGCGUACCUUGCAGUAUGUGGUUAAGGGGGAGGAACCGGUUAGGGUGGAGCAGGAAGAUGAUACGAUGAGAAGAUUGUUUGGAGUUUGGAGAAAGGAGUUUUUGUGA